CUGCUCUGCUCAGCCUCGUAGACUGAGCAAUAAAUUCAUUUGGAGUGAUUUCUCGUGUCAGCAACGCGUUUGCUGGUGCUGCUGCUGGGACGGAUUUUGCAAUCCGUGCAAUUCCUGUGUAGUGUGGUAGAACUCUAAACAGUGAUAGUGAAAACUUUUUUUUCCAAUCCUAAACCUAUUUUAAGCGCUUUUAGAAUUUAGUGCUAUUUAGAGGACCGAACAGAAAGAAAAAGUUCCAGUUUUCGUUACGGCCUUUAAAACGAGAGAGUUUGGGCACUUUUGCGUGUGACUGAUAACCUUCACGCGAGAAACGCUUUCCAAUACGCUAGGGAAAAACAGCGUUCUAGUAAUCGCUAGUAGUAGCACGUGUGCAACGGACACCUUCAAAGACUGUUGAAUAGUAAAAGCACAAAUAAAGAGCAGAUUUUAACCGGCACAAGAAUGCGCGUCGAAAUGAAUCUGGACAUCCAGGAGACGGGCUGCCUGCGGGACGACAUCGAUAGUCGCAUCGCGGAGUUCAAACAGGAUCCGGAAAAAAUGAGCGAACUAGGUGGGUUCGUAGACGAGGUGCUCAACGAGGCUCAGAAAAGCGCCGAAGAUAAGCUCCAAGAUAAGUCGGCGGAUGAUAGACCUAGGAAUGGUAAUAAACUUUUAAGUGGACUGAAACAGCACCGGGUCGUCACGCGAACACGUGGCAUCGUGCUAAGAAUAUUCGAAGCCAUUUGCAACUGCACCAACUCGGCAACACUACCCAGGCCUGCCGCGGGAGCUGCACCAACUAACGCUAAUGCUACCGCUUCGACAGAAUCCGGCAAAUAAGUCGUCGUCGUCGUCGUCUUCGUAAAAUGGUCACUUUUGAAUAAUGCAGGGCACUAUAAUAAACCCCGACCCCGACAGUAUAUAGGUAGCGCGUAGAUCUCGUAAUUUCAUAGCAACUUGCAGUCUAUGAAAAGUGUAAUAUCGUAAAACAUUUUGAACCCUAAAGCUCCACAAAAUUCCACAUGCAGUAACUGUUGGGUGUUGAACAUUGUAACGAAUUGUUAAAUGUGCAUCCCAAGUGUUUCUAUAAUAAUGAGAAACAUGAUACGUAUAAUGUGUAACAUUAAUAUCAAUCAAAAGUCCACCUACAAAGAAUCGUUUCAGAGGAAUCUUUACACAUUUCUAUUGUUUUGUUUGGACAACCUUUAAACAGAUCGCCAUUUUUGGCUUUUACAUAUUUACGUUUUAAUAAAGUGCUUAACCAUCUACACCUUUACAAAUGACUGGGAAAAAACGUAUACUCCGGCUAAACACAAUCAAAACGAUUCAAAAAUCUGGUUUCAAAGAACCCAUAAAAAAUGUCCAAUUCUACAGAUUAGAAAAUUUAGAAACAAUAAUUUUUCGAUCUUCCAAUGAGUUGUCUCGGUUAAUUUGUAAAACUAGAUUUCUUGACAAUCAAAAUUACAAAGCAAUAUCAAAUGUUUAUGAGUUUUACUAGAACAUGUUGCUCAUUUAUACUUCGUUCAAUGAAACCAAAUAGAGAUGUUUUGAUUCACUACAGCUGCAUCUGAUGUUGUCACUUCAAUUGAAAUUGUUUGUUAAUCUUCUUGCGAUAACAGCAAACGCAAGUCGGCUUAUUUAAUUGAUCUCAUGAUUGGAUAAUUUUUCGAAAACCUUAAAACAUGCACUAGAAUAACGUAAUUCCACCGACAAGAUUGGUAUGUUUUGCUCUUCAGAUGAAGUAAGCCUGGUUUCAGCUACAUACUCUUUGUUCAUUGUUAAUUAUCGUUGGCAUAUUAAGCGACUUGAACCACAAUGUGAGCGUUAUAUGUAGAUGUAUUAAUCGGUGCAAUAAAGAAUAAUACAAUUUCUGUACAAUGUAACU